AUGGAGCCGCCUGCAGAGGAUGUCGACGUUCCCAGCUGCCUCAUCUGCUUCCUUCCUCGGAGCUCUGAAGAGGUGUGCCUCCCCUGUGGGCACCGGGAGUGGCACCACGAGUGCAUCUACGGCUGGCUGGAGAGGCAAUCCUCCUGCCCGCUCUGCCGUGCACCUACUUCCUCAAGUCCAGGCAGUUUGGAGUCUGCACUGCUUGCCUUGGACACGCCCCUGCCUGGGCUGGACUGCGAGAGGGUCCUGCCAGCACUGCGGCUGCUGUCCUUGCCCGAGGCACGGCUCUUAGAAGACCAGCAGCAGUUGGAAACAGAGCUGGACCUGUUGGAGACAGAGCUUCAGGAGCUCCGUGAGACCGAAGAGGAGAUGGAGCUGGAGCUCCAGGAGCUUUCCUCUGAUUUUCACGACGAGACCAGCCCAAGGGAUGAGGCGUGGGCUCUGCUGGACCGUUUCGCUGCAGCAGCUUUUCGGACGAAUGUGGGUGCGGAAGAGCUGUUCCUCGCUCUAAGUCCACAUGGUGCGCCGCUUGCCCUGGAGGCGGCUCGGCCCUUGUUCGCCGCCUUCGGCGGUGCAUCUGAACUGGGGGUUGAAGUCGCGUGCCAGAGGCUGGAUGUGAACCAAAGCGGCUGGAUCGAGGAGGGCGACCUUGUCGAGGUCAUGUGCAGACACGCUCCUGUCGCUCUGGCCGACUUCGGCGAGGGGUAG